AUGGACCCCACUGUGCGCCGGCGUCGACGGCCCGCCCUCUCGUGUUGGGAAUGUCGCCGCCGGAAAGUCAAGUGCGAUCAUAGCAACCCAUGUGCGCAUUGCGCCCGCCACGGAAAGCACUGCGUCUACAAGCCAUUCGCCCGUGAUGAUUCUGCCGUUAGCCCCAAGCAGCGCUCGGGGAGCCCCGGGCUGAUAACAACAAGUACUACUACAGCAACAGCCACAACAACAACAACAACAGCGACAUCAGCAGCGGCGACAAUUGCAACUGCAACCGCAAUUCCGCCCUCAAUUGGUGUCUUACCUAAUACAUCAUCGUCGGGAGCAACAGCGCGUGAAAACAUACCAGGGUCAAAUCAAACACCUUCCGGCUUUGAUUCAGCCAUCCGCGGCGGACGAGACUCGGGAUUGGAUGCAUCCGGCCCAUGUCACGUCUUGGAUCGCCCACGAAGGCUUGAAGAACCAUCGGCUUCCCAGGCCGGAGCUGGUAACAACAGCCUGCGAGCCCCCGCGCCUCGACUGCCGGGGACGCAGGACUGGCAGCCUCUCCUAUCCAAGCAGCGGGACUGGGGCCGCACUCGCUGGGUCGGCGACGCGACCGAAUUUUCUUCCAUCAUUGCCUGCUACGCUGCCAUCUUGGGCAAAGAGCACCCCCACGUUGCUUCGUACCAGAAGCCCGAGAUCGCGCCCUUGAUCGCCGAAGCGAGCCACGCGCUCCAGGCCUGUAAGAACAGCGCCAAGGGCAUCAAGGUCACCCGCCCGACCCGCGGUCUGCCGACCCCCUUUGCCUUCCUUGGUGCUCCCUCCCCUGAGGUGUCGAGGAAGAUGGCGAGUCUUUAUUUCGAAAACUUUGAAUCUACCCACCGAAUACUCCAUGCCCCAACUUUCUGGGCCGACUACCAAAGAUACUGUGACCAUCCCGCGAGCGUCCAGGAGGAGGUACGCCACAUCAUCCUCCUCGUCGUCGGGAUAGGGUCGAGCCUCUACGAGCAUGCAGACGCGGCCGCCAGACAGCACAACACCGAGGUGGUUCACCAAUGGAUCUACGCGGCCGAAACCUGGCUCUCCGGGCCCCUGGAGAAGGACCGUCUCGACAUCGCUGGACUGCAGGUCCACUGUCUGGCCAUGCUCGCCCGCCAGAUCUUCUCCAUGGGCGGGGACACCGUAUGGGUCUCGACCGGGUCGUUGCUCAACGCAGCCAUGCAGAUAGGCAUGCACCGCGACCCCAGCCAUCUCCCAGCCAUGUCCCUACUACAGGCCGAACUCCGCCGGCGCCUGUGGGCAACCAUCCUGGAGCUGGUUGUCCAGUCGGCCUUGGACGCCUGGAUGCCGCCCCGCAUCUCGCUCGACGAGUUUGACACCCGGCCGCCUUCCAACAUCAACGACGACGAGAUCAGCGAGUCAACCACCGUGCUUCGGCCGCAUCCCAAAGAAACCUUCACCUCGACCGCCAUCCAGAUCGCCCUGCGCGCCUCCUUCCCAACCCGCCUCCGCAUCGUCCAGUUCCUCAACAGCCUCAACUCUGACCGCUCCUACCAGCGCGCACUCGCCCUUACGGCAGAGCUCACCUCCAGCAUCCAGACCAACGCCGCCCUCUUUGCACCCAAGAAGAACAGCCCGAAACCUAGGUGCACCCCGUUCCACCGCAACCUCCUCGACUACCUCACCCGUCGCUUUCUCAUCCCCUUGCAUUUUCCCUUCAGCCACCGGGCCCGCAGCAAUCCGCUCUUCCAUUACUCCCUCAAAGUCAGCCUGAACGCCGCUCUGGCCCUCGCCUAUCCAGAGAAACCAACACCACAAGGACGGAGACGACGACGACGACAACAACAACAACAACAACCCGCUGGCAAUGGGAAGGGGGAAGGAGAAACAGAAGAAGAAGAAGAAGAAGAAGAAGACGAAAGCGGGAAAGCAGGAGGAGACGAGGACGCGUUCUCCCGCCUGCUCACCACGGCGGGCGGCAUGUUCCGCGAAGGGCUGCGGUGCGCGGCGGCGGCCGUGAGCCUGGAGCUGCUGGCGCACGCCGAGGCGCAGCGGCGCGACGGCUCGCUGCGGCGCUCCGCCCACCUGCGCGGCGCCCUCGUCCGCGCCGUCGCCCACCUGCUCGCCCACGCCGAGGCCCGCGUCGCCCGCGGCGCCGAGACCAACGUCAAGCUGCACAUGUUCCUCAGCAUGGUGCUCGCCCAGGUCCGCGCUCUCGAGGAGCAGGAGCAGGAGGAGCAGGGAUCGGAUCAUGAUAACGACGACGACGACCGCCGCGGCGGCUCGGUCGAGGCCGCCAUCGCCCGCGCCGCCCGGGACAGCCUGCGCUUCUGCUGCGGUCUGCUCUCGGCCAGGGCGGCUGCCGAGGGGAACCUGGCCGCCGUGGGAAUAGAGGGAAUGCCGGGGUUUGAUUUUGACGGGUUUGGGGAAGAGGUUGCAUGGGAGAGCUUCUUUUCGAACGGGUGGUUUGGCUAG